AUGAGGCACGGAAAAACACCAUACUUUCCAAUUUUACUUUUACUUUUUGUCGUGAGUGCAAUAUAUUAUGUUGCUUCAGGCGAUAAGAAGUCUUUAGGUGCUGCUGGCCCAGUUACUCUUGUCACAGAAAAGGCAAAGGAAAUUCCCAGAAAGAUCGAAAAAGAAGAAGUUGUGAUUCCCGAUGAGAAACAAGUGGAGACUGGCGAAUUCACUGAGACACCUUUUAUGCCCAAAAUGGCUAACGAUACGCUUAAAGCACAGUUAGGAAAUUCUGCUUGGCAUCUUUUACACACUGUUUUGGCAAGAUAUCCGGACGAGCCCACUGAAAAAGAGAAAUCUACAUUGAAGCAGUUCAUUCUCUUGUUUUCGCAAGUGUAUCCAUGUGGUGACUGUGCUAGACACUUCCAGAAAUUGUUGAAGAAGUACCCCCCUCAGGUAGGAAGCAGGAAGAUAGCGGCAGUUUGGGGUUGUCAUAUCCAUAACAAGGUGAAUGAAAGGUUAAACAAACCAGAAUACGACUGCACAACUAUUUUGGAAGACUACGAUUGCGGGUGUGGAGAAGAUGAAAAGAAAUCUGAUUUCACCUUGGGUAAUGAGAGUAUGGAACAUUUGCGCAAAGUCAAAGUUGACGAAAAAGAAGAUAAGCAAAGAGGAGGUUGA